AUGGCAUACCACAAGGUGGGAAACUACAGCUUCCAGUGGACAGACCUUCACUUGCCUCGAGAAAAGCUAGAACCCCUGCGCCAUGAGUAUGACCAGCUGGGUAGCUACGCAAUAAAGAAGCUGCAGCAAAUCUCUCGAGACAGAAAAGGGGAUGCAGCAGCAGGCGAAAAGAGCCUCUGCCAUGGCCCGUUUGACGUGUACACCACGUUUCGGGACCACCAUCCCGAAGACGAGAAGCUCAACCAGCUCUGGGAGGAGCUUCACACGGUGCCAGAGUGGGUUGACUGGGAACAACUCAAGCGUGGCCAGCGCUUCUUUUACCGCUAUGCCGCGGCCAACCUGGUGGGAUUUGCCCUUCAGGGAUUCAUCGGCCAAAACUCGUCGACGCCUUCUGCCGUUGAAGUCCUGGCGCGAACCAGAAGCUUCUCCACGCGGGUGCUGCUGCGUCGACUCCUGGAGACGACUCAGUUCAUCCUCGAAGCCACGCACAGCCUCGAGUCGAUCCAGCCCGGCGGCGAGGGCCACACGACGGCCAUUCGAGUCCGGCUGCUGCACUCUGCCGUGAGGGAGCGCAUCCUCAAGCUGACCGAGAUGCAGCCGGGCUACUUUGAUGUCGACAACUUGGGCAUUCCCGUCAAUACGCUGGACUCGGUACACUCAACUGCGGCGUUUUGCUGCGGCCACGCAUGGUUCCAGCUGCCUCAGAUGGGCGUCCAUCCCACUACGCAAGAAGUGGCCGACUAUAUUGCGCUAUGGCGAUACAUUGGAUAUCUCCAGGGCGUCCCUCACGAGUACUUCUGCAGCGUGGCCCAGGCCAAAGCCACGAUGGAGAGUAUGGUGCUGCACGAAUUGAAGCUGACGCCAACGUCAUUGAUUCUCGGCCACAACUUUGUCGAGUGCGUCAAGGAUCUGCCGCCGCUGAUAAUCUCGGCGGGCUUUAUCGAGGCCGGCAGCCGAAUGCUCAACGGCCACAAGGUCUGCGAUGGGCUGGGAUUCGGACGGCCUGGACUGCUGGCGUACGUCUGCUGGAGAGGCCACUGCUGGUUUGUGGGGGCUCUGGCUGUGGCACAGCACUGGAUUCCAGCGGUGGAUGAAGCCAUGGUGAGAUACUGGCGCAAGACUCUCGAUUAUGCAGUUAUCAAGAGCAAGGGGGGUCUUCAGGGAGGUUCCAAGAUGGAUUUCAAAUACGUGCCGCAGCUGGGAAAGACGACUAAACGGGAGGAUAAUGGAAGACCGGCGAUUGGUUCGUUUAUGGCAUCGCCUUUGGCUCGGCCGUUGGAGGCAUUUUAUUUUGCGGUGUUUGUGAUUGGAUGUGUGUUGAUUUGUGGUGGUGCAUUUGGGAUUUACUGGUGUGUUAGGCAGAUGAUGUUCAACUAA